AUGCCACAGCUAGACACAUCAACGUGAUUCACUGUAAUUGUAUCCACGAUUCUAACUUUAUUCAUCGUAUUCCAAUUAAAAAUUUCAAAACACUCCCUUCAAACGAGUCUAGAACUGAAAUCAACACUACCACUGAAGACCAACGCACCAUGAGAUAAAAAAUGAACGAAAAUCUAUUUACCUCUUUCACUUCCCCUACCAUAA